CCGGUGGGGGCUGGGCCACGCGUCACGUGACCGCAGCUUCCUCACGUGACCGGGACUCAUGCGCUCCAUCACGUGACCGGGCGCAGCGGCGGGAUGGCGCGAGGGUGCCGGGCGCUCCCCGCCGUGCUGGCGCUGUGUGCGGCCGCCUGGAGCUGUUGCGUCGCGGGUCGGGCGCUGGAGCGGGACCAGCCGUUCCGCCCUCCGCCCGGAUGGGUCCUCGCCGGCCGCGUGAGCCCCGAGCACGGCGUGCAGCUGACCCUGGCGCUCCGGCAGCGCGGCACCGAGCGCCUGGCCCGCCUCGUCCGCGCCGUGUCCGAGCCGCGCUCCCCGCAAUACGGCAAAUAUUUGACCGUGGAGCAGCUGCGGGACCUCGUGCGCCCCUCCCCGGCCACGCUGAUGACCGUGCUGAAGUGGCUGCGGGGCCACGGCGUCGAGGACUGCCGCAGCGUCGCCACUCUGGACUUCCUGGAGUGCAGCAUGCCGGCGAGCACGGCUGAGCGCCUCCUGCCCGGGGCUGAGUUCCACCGCUACGUGAAGGGCCAGCGCAGCGUCAUCCGCUCCCCGCAGCCCUACAGCGUUCCUGAGGAGCUGGCAGAGCACAUCGACUUUGUGGGGGGCCUGCACCGGUUCCCUGCGGAGAGGAGUGUGGUCAGCAGGGCCUGGGCCAAGGAGGGGAUGGAGUCCCAUGGGCAGAAAGCAGCCUUCCACCUGGGUGUGAUGCCAUCAGUCAUUCGGAAGCGAUACAACAUGACAAAAGGAGACAUCGGACUGCUGUCCAACAACAGCCAGGCCUGUGCCCAGUUCCUGGAGCAGUACUUCCACCAGGCUGACCUGGCUGUGUUCAUGAAGCUCUUUGGCAGCAGCUUUGCCCACCGCACAGAGAUCGACCGUGUGGUUGGGCACCAGGGCCAGGGCAGGGCUGGGCUGGAGGCCAGCCUGGAUGUGGAGUACAUCAUGAGCACGGGCGCCAACAUCUCCACGUGGGUCUUCAGCAAUGCAGGGCGGCACGAGAGCCAGGAGCCCUUCCUGGCGUGGCUGCUGCUGCUCAGCAACAUGUCGGCGCUGCCCUGGGUGCACUCGGUCAGCUACGGGGAUGACGAGGACAGCCUCUCGCAGGUCUACCUGCAGCGGGUCAACGUGGAAUUCAUGAAGGCGGCCGCCCGCGGCCUCACGGUGCUCUUUGCUUCGGGUGACGACGGUGCCGGGUGCAGGAGGGUGCCGGGGGGGAACCACACCUUCCGACCCAGCUUCCCAGCCUCCAGCCCCUACGUGACCACCGUCGGCGGCACAUCUUUCAAGAACCCGUUCCUGGUGACGACAGAAGUGACGGAUUACAUCAGCGGCGGCGGCUUCAGCAACGUCUUCCCGAUGCCCGACUACCAGGUCGAGGCCGUGCGGAGCUUCCUGCGCUCCGCCCCGAAGCUGCCCCCCAGCUCCUACUACAACAGCAGCGGCCGCGCCUAUCCGGACCUGGCCGCGCUGUCGGACAACUACUGGGUGGUGACCAACCGGCUGCCGCUGCCCUGGGUGUCGGGCACCUCGGCAUCGACGCCGGUGGUGGCGGGGAUGCUGGCGCUCAUCAACGACCGCCGCCUGCAGCUGGGCCAGCCGCCGCUCGGCUUCCUGAACCCCGCGCUGUACCAACUGCGGGAGCGCGGCCACGGCGGAGCGCUGUUCGACGUGACGCAGGGCUGCCACCUCUCCUGCCUGGACGGCACGGUUCAAGGCCAAGGCUUCUGCGCCGGCCCCGCGUGGGACGCGGUGACGGGUUGGGGGACUCCCGACUUCCCGCAGCUGCUGCGCGCGUUGACGGCGCCAUGACGACAAUAAAGGCCGCGGCGCGGCGCCCCCUGC